AUGACACCUGAAUACAAGGCGGAAAAGAUCGCCUCAGUGUCGCAUCUGGGCGGCGGCGGAAUCUGGGAGAUUAACCACGUUGCCCUAGUCGCUCCGGCCGCCGCAUUGCUGUGGGCGAUUCUACAGUCCCGACAGAGCUUCUUCAAGCCGUACACCUUCGCCGCUGCCUUUACCGACUUCUUGAUCCAGUGUGGAGCUAUCGUCUGCGCGACUACCGUCUACUCCGGAGCACCUCAGGUCCUUAAUGGUCUUCUCAUCCUCCCUGCCGUGGCCGCGUAUUUGCAGCCUAGAACUGAGCUCGAGAAGCCAGCCAAGGUCCCAUCGAAAGGAGAUGAGAAUGGCAAGCCCGCUGAAUCCAAGGACGAAGUACGCGAGCCAAAGGAUCCCUUCCCAGUCAAGCCUUUCAUUACCGCCUACCGAGGAGCCAUGAUGAUCAUCACAUGCUCCAGCAUCCUGGCCGUUGACUUCCCAUCUGUCUUUCCACGUCGCUUUGCCAAGACAGAAUCUUUUGGUACCUCUCUCAUGGACAUUGGUGUGGGAUCUUUCGUCUUCGCCGCCGGCAUCGUGGCAGCCCGUCAACAACUCAAAGAACAGCACUUCGCAACUCGAUCUAUCGUAACUCGUCUCAGGGAGUCCAUGCGCCAUUCGCUGCCCCUCUUCGUCCUGGGCGUCGUCCGCUUGUUGAGCGUCAAAGGCCUCGACUACGCCGAACACGUCAGCGAAUAUGGCGUUCACUGGAACUUCUUCUUCACCCUCGCCCUGCUCUCGCCCUCCGUCGCCAUUCUGCAGCCUUUGCUGCGAUACAUCCCGACAUACAACAUCUUUGCGUUUGCACUAGCCAUCUGCUACGAGCUGAUCUUGUUCUGCGUUCCGGACAUGAAGGCCUACAUGAUCCUCUCCGAGCGCAAGCCAGGAGACUGGCUUUCUCAAAACAGAGAGGGGGUGUUCUCGUUCUUGGGUUACCUUGCCAUCUUCAUUGCCGGAAUGGGCAUUGGUCUCAACAUUCUGACCCGCGACCCCGACCCCGAAGAGCCUGAGGCACCCGCCGAAAAGGACAGUCUCGAUGAGGAUGCUGAUUGGUUGGCUUCUGUCCUUGGAGGGAGCGAAUCUGAGGAAGCGAAGCCGCAGCCGCCGAUUGAGGUGCCUCAACUGAAACCAGAGUGGCCAAAGGCCGCGCUCCCUCGUCUGGUCUUCUGGACAGUGCUCUGGUUCGUGUUUGCCUUGUGGGCAAUGUGGAGAUAUGGGCCUCGCCUCUUCGUCUCGCGCCGCAUGGCAAAUCUGGCCUACGUUUGCUGGGUGUGCUCUUUCAAUACCGCGCAGCUGUUGCUGUUUUGUCUUGUUGAGACUGUCAUGUUCCCGGACAUCUACAAGGCGAAAUCGAAAGAGUUGGAGCGACAGCGUAUUCGAGAUGUUACAAGCAGGGUCAUGGCAGCUUUCAACCGCAACGGACUGGCCCUAUUCCUCCUGGCCAAUCUUUUGACGGGCGUCAUCAACAUGACAAUGCCUACCAUCCACAUGGCCGAGGUGCCGUCGAUGGUUGUGCUUGGUCUGUACAUGGCCGUUAUCUGCGGCGUAGGACUUGCACUGGACGCCUACGAUAUAUCGAUCAAGCUUUAG